UUCAUCUGCCAAUUGCCUCAAUUCUUCUUGUCCUUUGACAAAAAAAGCAAAGCCAUCGCCACGCAAGAGACGUCAUCCCAGUUUCCGAACAGCUAACCACUGCAUAUAACCACCAAGCUCUCGUCCUGCUUCCCUUCCCCUCCCUCCUAACCAUUUAUUUCCCCUCCCUCUCAAUUCUACCUUCGAUCUAGUAUAAUAAACCCUCACCACGAACGCCUAAUUUCCAGCCACCCUCACCGUACACACAAUCUGAAAAUCAACUCCACCUCUACACCUCCCUACCAAUUCACCCCCGUCAAAAGGCAAAGACAUCAGAAUGUCCGCCACCAAAACCCGAGCCACCCACCCCGAGUCGGAGGCCAUCCAGCUCCCUACAAACGCGACUACGGCAGACCGCUCCGGCGGCUCCUCCUCUUCCUUGAGCGCUGAGCUCGGGGCCGCGGGUCGCAGCGCAUCAACAGAGAAGCCGUGGAAGCCGCCCGUGGUGCGGCAGCAGAGCUGGAGUAACGAGGAUCAGAAGCAUGAGUUGCAGGCGAGGUUGUUGGGGUUGGAGGAGGGCGAGAAGCCUGGUUUCUCGGAGGCGCCGGCUGGGGUUCAGUGAUUGAUUGAAUUGGGGGUUCAGUUGGGGGGGAUCGGAUCGGGGAGAGGGGAGAUGAUUAUAUGAUGAUUAUGAUUAUGGCUCUGAAGAUUGACGGGUGUGUGUAGUCGGUUGAGUGGGGGGUUCGUAUCGAUUUUCCUUUAAUGAGUAAAAUUGGAGGUGAGGGAGAUUGUGCUGAGCGAAAGUCUGCUGUUAAUGCUGGUGCAGUUUAAUAAAGUGACUAUUUCUUGAGAUUAUUGGAUAGUUCAUGGAGGUGAAACUGUUGAGAGUGUCUAGUGCGGGGAAGCACGGGGAUUAACUGCUGAAUGAUUUCUUUAAGGGUAUACACUUUCGCAUCUACGAGUGUGAAUUGAUAACACUAGAGAAGGAUAUAAUACAAAAUAUUUGCCUG